AUGAAGGGCCACCGCAACUUGCGGUUCGGGUGCCACGACUACGCGAACCAGCCUUUGCCAAAGGGCUACGACCUCGUGUGGAGCCGCGACAGCUUGCAGCACGUGACCCUGAACGCCGCCUUCCAGUUCCUCAACAAUGUGAGGGCCACCGGUGCCAAGUACCUGCUCGUGGGCAGCUACCUCGACAAAAAGAUCAACCUCAACAUACAUCACAGCGGGUAA